AUGUGUGUAAUGUGGCUGCUUGAGACCAAGUUUUACGCAAAAAAUAAAAAUGUGCUUUAGAGCGUCAUGACCGGUUUUCGUAUCCCCCCUUACAUCACGCGGAAGAUUAUUGCCAGCCAAGUAAUGCUCUCACGUGCAUUCCACGUGACCAAGACCAAUAAAUGAUGCUCACGCGCAUGAUCAUGUGCCCGCCACCCGAUUGCGUGCAUAUAAGGGCAGUCGAAGAACAUUCCAGGAACCGCCGUUCCGUUCCGUUCCGUUCCGUUCCUGCUUGCCGCACCGUUCCCUUCGGGACAGCACGACGGCGGGAGAAAGAAAACAGAGGAAGCUUGGGGAGGAACAUCUAAGAAAGCGGAAGAAAGAGAAAGAGAGAGAAAGGAAAAAUUGAAAAAGGGGAGAGAAGGAAUGGCGGACGGUUCGUUCUGCCCGGACUGCAAGCGGAGCACGGAAGUGGUGUUCGACCACUCGGCGGGGGACAUGGUGUGCUCGGAGUGCGGGCUGGUGCUGGAGGCCCACUCCAUCGACGAGACCUCCGAGUGGCGGACCUUCGCCAACGAAUCCGCCGAAAACGACCCAGUCCGUGUCGGCGGCCCGUCCAACCCCCUCCUCACCGACGGCGGCCUCUCCACCGUCAUCUCCAAGCCCAACGGCGUCCAAGGCGACUUCCUUUCCUCCUCGCUCGGCCGCUGGCAGACCCGCGGCUCCAACCCCGACCGCUCCCUCAUCCUCGCUUUCCGCACCAUCGCCAACAUGGCCGACAGGUUGGGUCUUGUCGCCACUAUCAAGGAUAGAGCCAAUGAGAUAUAUAAGAAAGUGGAAGAUCUGAAGUCCAUUAGAGGACGAAAUCAAGAUGCAAUUUUGGCUGCUUGUCUAUAUAUUGCUUGUCGCCAAGAGGACAGGCCUCGAACUGUGAAGGGUAUGGCUGACAUUUUAUUACAAGUCUCAUCUGAAUUUAUCAUGUGGGGUGUACUUCAUCAACUCCCAUAUUUUCAAAUAGAAAUCUGUUCUGUUGCCAAUGGAGCUGCAAAGAAGGAAAUUGGUCGGGCAAAAGAGUACAUUGUAAAGCAGCUUGAAGUAGAGAUGGGUCAAUCGAUGGAAAUGGGCACUAUCCACGCUGGGGAUUUCCUGCGGCGUUUUUGUUCACAUCUUGGCAUGUCAAAUCAAGCAGUCAAGGCUGCUCAGGAAGCAGUUCAGAAGUCAGAAGAGCUUGAUAUAAGGAGGAGUCCUAUAUCAAUCGCAGCAGCUGUCAUUUACAUGAUAACUCAGCUAUCAGAGGAGAAGAAACCUCUAAGAGAUAUCUCUCUGGCCACUGGAGUGGCAGAAAGCACUAUAAGGAAUUCAUACAAAGAUCUUUAUCCCUAUGCUUCAAGGAUCAUUCCAGCUUCAUUUGCCAAAGAGGAAGACCUCAAGAAUCUCUGCAGCCCAUAGUUCAUAAUUAACCAGUUGUAGUUAAGCUACCUGAAAAAUUCAGGACUGACUGGUAGCAUGGUCUGACUGUUGCAUGCCAUUUUUUAUUGACGCAAGGAUGAUGACAUUCUUCAACAUGAACUACUUCAGAAACGAACCUGAAGGAGUAGUUUUCCUUUCUUUCCCCGCUCCCAGCAUAUGUAUGAGUUUUGGAACGUCUUUGCAUGAUGAACGAACAUAUUGUAAACCAACCUAACCUUGUGGCUGACGAUACAAACUUAAAUACUAGUCUGCAAAGGCCUCUGGCACGAGGCUAGGAUAACUGAUAAACAUACAAUCUGUGCCUUUAAUAGCUUUUGCCAUGUAAUUGAGCUUGAAUCUUUGUUUAUUAUGCAUGUGUUUGAUGACUUUCUGUAUCUGACUGUAAAAUUGUUGAAGAGUUUUCGACAGAUCAGAUAUCAUGUUCCA